AUGUCGCAUGAGAUGGCUGACGAGGAUACUCCUCUGAUUGAUGUUGAGCAAGCUCCAGAUCGUCGACUCAGCAGAUUGAUACAGAAGGACGAUGCAGCGAGUUCGAUUGUCAAGAGCCAUGUUAGUGUUGAAGAGCAGGCUAUGGCUGGUAGUACGGUAGGCGAGAGACUGGCCUACAAUGACUAUACUACCAUAGACUGGUUACAUGAUCUUGUCAAAGAUUCCUAUCGUCUUCGCGAUAUCCACAACAAAAAGAACCUCAAAGGCAAAGCACUCGCUCUCUUCGACUCAUCCUCUGGCUGGAUAGCAGCAGCAAUGAUCGGAGCCUUGACAGCCUGCGUAGCCUACCUCGUCGACAUCGCCGCCGCAACAGUCAGUGACUGGAAGCUAGGCCACUGCAGCACAAAUCCUUUCCUCACCCGCGAAGCCUGCUGUGCCUCUGCAACCUCAGCCUCUGAGCCCGUCACCGAAUGCGCCGAAUUCAAAACCUGGAACGACAAAUACACAGCUGCUUUUGCAAUUUACGUUGCUUUUGCUUUGCUGUUUGGUCUUGUCAGUGCUAGUGUGACGAUGACUACGAAGAGUGAAUUGCCUACUGCUGGUGCUCCUGAUGCAGAAGAUAAGGAUGGAACUGCUCAGCCUGCUGGAAAAACAAUGUAUAUGGCUGCUGGAUCUGGUAUCCCAGAGAUCAAGACUAUCCUUGGUGGAUUUGUGAUUCCGAAUUUCUUGUCUUUGAAAGUUCUGGUGGUGAAGGCGAUUGGUGCUGUGUUUGCUGUUUCCACAGGCAUGUGUCUUGGAAAGGAAGGACCAUUUGUACACAUCUCCACUUGCGUGGGAUACCUCGUGGCCUCCUUAUUCCCAAAGUACCGCGACAAUGGACGCAAAAUGAGAGAGAUGCUGAGUGCGGCUUGCGCAGCUGGUCUAUCUGUAGCUUUUGGUGCACCCAUCGGCGGUGUGUUGUUCAGCUAUGAGGAAAUCAGUACUUACUUUCCGAGAAAGGUGCUGUGGAGAGCAUUUCUCUGCAGCGCUGUUGCCGCCAUGGUGUUGAAGGAGCUCAAUCCAACAGGCACUGGCAAGUUGGUCUUGUUUGAGACCAAUUAUGGCACGAGUUAUGGUGCGGUGCACUACUUGGUGUUUGUCGUACUUGGCAUCGCAGGCGGCAUCUUUGGUGGUGUCUUCUGCAGAUUAAACUACCUCUGGAGCAAAUCCUUCCGCAAAUACGCCAUCAUCAAGAACCAUCCAGUCUUCGAAGUCUUCUUGAUUGUUCUCGCCACAGCACUACUCCAAUACCCCAACCCACUGAUCCGCGAGCCUGGCGAUAUGAUCAUCAAGACAUUACUCGUAGACUGCAGAACCGAAGACUCUGCAGAGUCUUGGGUGUGUCAGAAUGAGGCUCGUACAGAUGAUCGCUGGGCUUAUAUGGGCUGGUUGAUCUAUGGCACAUUGGCCAAACUCGCACUUACCAUCAUUACCUUUGGCAUCAAAGUUCCAUCUGGAGUGAUCAUUCCUGCUCUGGAUGCAGGAGCACUGUUCGGUCGUCUGCUAGGUCAGUACAUUAGCGACAUUUCUCCUGGCAUCUUCGCCAUGGUCGGUGCGGCCGCAUUCCUAGCUGGCGUGAGCAGAAUGACUCUAUCCCUCUGCGUUAUCAUGUUCGAACUCACAGGCGAGUUGGACUACGUACUCCCCCACAUGGUAGCAAUCCUAGUCGCCAAAUGGGUAGCCGACGCCCUGGGCAAAGAAGGCGUCUACGACCUCGCUCAAAACGUCUUGGGCCACCCUUUCUUAGACCUCGAUCACAGUCUAGGCUACAUCCAGAUGGAAAACGUCCUGGUCGAACAACUGAUUCCUCCAGCACACACCAUGGAACAAAUCACGCUUCAUGUGCCUGCAAGCAACAAAGUCAGAAGAGAAAUCCUAGAGGAAAAGCUCGUCCAGCUCGAAAGCAGAGGCCUCAUGGAUGCUGGUCUUGUGCUUGUUCAGAACAACCAUAUCCUACAAGGAUAUCUAGCAGAAGGCGAACUCAGCUUCGGAUUGAGAGAACUGGGAGGACUGUACCCCAAAGACAGCGAGGUGCGAUUACUAGGCAAUGCCGAAGAGGGUGAUUUCGAUCUCUCGACUUUUGUAGACCGUACCCCUAUGGUUGUCUGUGCAAAGGCACCAAUGGAGUAUGCGGUCGAGCUGUUUGGAAAACUGGGACUGCGGCAUUUGAUGGUGAUCGAAGAAGGUACUGGAAAACUGGUAGGUGUCAUCAUCAAGAAGAGAUUGGUGGCAUAUCUGGAUGGAUUGAAACAUGGUUGA